CUCCCCGAGGUAGCGCCGCCACUCUCAAUAUGGUAGCUGUUUACCCCAUAUUUCUCCUCCCCUCUCCGCCUCAACUUCCUCGUUGUUUUGAAUAAACUUUAUUGACUACUACGAAUUUCCUAGCACCGCUGCCGGGCUUCUCCCGGCGACUUUUUGGCCUGUCUUUCUUGGACCAGGCGGGCGGUUCAUUUCGUUCCUCCUUGGUUUGCUCACGGCUUCUGCCGGCCCAGCGACGACGCCACUUGCCCGUUCGCCAGGCGGCCACUGGACUAGGCCUGAGCUGCGGUCUCUAGUAGGCCCAAACGGCCGGGCCGUGGGGAGUGCUGUGGAGAAGGCUGCCCUGAAGCACCGCUGGGCAGCAAGCGCCGCGCGACCCAGCGGGUGGUUCGAAGGGAAGGCGAGCAAGGUUCGCAGCUUUACGCUAUCGUCCAGAGAGGACGUGCCCUGUUGCCUCCUGUCCCUCCUGACACCACGAACCUGGCCCGCCGCAGAACGCUCCAAGGCCCGGCGAAGAUGGCCUCAGUGCCUGUGUAUUGCCUCUGUCGGCUGCCUUACGAUGUGACCCGCUUCAUGAUCGAGUGUGACAUGUGCCAAGACUGGUUUCAUGGCAGUUGUGUUGGUGUUGAAGAGGAAAAGGCUGCUGACAUUGACCUCUACCACUGCCCCAAUUGUGAAGUCUUACAUGGUCCCUCCAUUAUGAAAAAACGCCGUGGAUCUUCAAAAGGGCAUGAUACACACAAGGGGAAGCCAGUGAAGACUGGGAGCCCUAUGUUCAUUCGAGAGCUCCGCAGUAGAACUUUUGACAGCUCAGAUGAAGUGAUUUUGAAACCCACUGGAAAUCAGUUGACUGUGGAAUUCCUGGAAGAGAAUAGCUUCAGUGUACCCAUCCUGGUCUUGAAGAAGGAUGGGUUGGGAAUGACGCUGCCCUCUCCAUCAUUCACUGUGAGGGAUGUGGAACACUAUGUUGGUUCUGACAAAGAGAUUGAUGUGAUUGAUGUGGCUCGUCAGGCUGAUUGCAAGAUGAAGCUUGGUGAUUUUGUGAAAUAUUAUUACAGCGGGAAGAGGGAGAAAGUCCUCAAUGUCAUUAGUUUGGAAUUCUCUGAUACCAGGCUUUCCAACCUUGUGGAGACACCUAAGAUUGUUCGCAAGCUAUCAUGGGUUGAGAACUUGUGGCCUGAGGAGUGUGUCUUUGAGAGACCCAAUGUGCAGAAGUACUGCCUCAUGAGUGUGCGGGACAGCUAUACAGACUUUCACAUUGACUUUGGUGGCACCUCUGUCUGGUAUCAUGUGCUUAAGGGUGAGAAGAUUUUUUACCUGAUCCGCCCAACAAAUGCUAAUCUGACUCUCUUUGAGUGCUGGAGCAGCUCCUCUAAUCAGAACGAGAUGUUCUUUGGGGACCAGGUGGACAAGUGCUACAAGUGUUCCGUGAAGCAAGGACAGACACUUUUCAUUCCUACAGGUUGGAUCCAUGCUGUUCUGACCCCUGUGGACUGCCUUGCCUUUGGCGGGAAUUUUUUACACAGCCUUAACAUUGAAAUGCAGCUCAAAGCCUAUGAGAUUGAGAAGAGGCUAAGCACAGCAGACCUUUUCAAGUUCCCCAACUUUGAGACCAUCUGUUGGUAUGUGGGAAAGCACAUCUUGGAUAUAUUUCGAGGUUUGCGAGAGAACAGGAGACACCCUGCCUCCUACCUGGUCCAUGGUGGCAAAGCCCUGAACUUGGCUUUUAGAGCCUGGACAAGGAAAGAAGCUCUCCCAGACCAUGAAGAUGAGAUCCCGGAUACAGUGCGGACUGUACAGCUCAUUAAAGAUCUGGCUAGGGAGAUCCGCCUUGUUGAAGACAUCUUCCAACAGAACGUUGGGAAGACGAGCAAUAUCUUUGGGCUGCAGAGGAUCUUCCCAGCUGGCUCCAUUCCCUUAACCAGGCCAGCCCAUUCCACUUCAAUGUCCAUGUCCAGGCUGUCACUGCCCUCCAAAAGUGUUCCAAAGAAGAAAGUCCUGAAGCCCAAGGAACUCUUCAAGAAGGCAGAGCAAAAGGGCAAGGAGAGUUCAGCCUUGGGGCUUGCUGGCCAGUUGAGCUAUAAUCUCAUGGACCCAUACAAUCAUCAGACACUGAAGACAGGCUCUUCCCAGAAAGCAAAGUUCAACAUCACUGGUACCUGCUUGAAUGACUCAGAUGAUGACUCACCAGACAUGGACCUUGAUGGGAAUGAGAGCCCGUUGACCCUAUUGAUGGCUAAUGGCAGUACUAAGAGGGUGAAGAGUUUAGCCAAAUCUCGGAGAGCCAAAAUUGCCAAGAAGGCAGACAAGGCAAGGCUGGUGGCUGAACAGGUGAUGGAGGAUGAAUUUGACUUGGAUUCAGAUGAUGAAUUGCAGAUUGACGAGAGAUUGGGAAAGGAGAAGGCUACCCUGAUAAUAAGAUCAAAAUUUCCCCGGAAGUUGCCCCGCGCAAAGCCGUGCUCUGACCCCAACAGAGUUCGUGAACCAGGAGAAGUUGAGUUUGACAUUGAGGAAGACUAUACAACGGAUGAAGACAUGGUGGAAGGGGUUGAAGGCAAGCUUGGGAAUGGGAGUGGAGCUGGUGGAAUUCUUGAUCUACUUAAGGCCAGCAGGCAGGUGGGGGGACCUGACUAUGCUGCCCUCACUGAAGCUCCAGCCUCCCCCAGCACUCAGGAGGCCAUCCAGGGCAUGCUGUGCAUGGCCAACCUGCAGUCCUCAUCUUCUUCACCGGCUACCUCUAGUCUGCAGGCCUGGUGGACGGGAGGGCAGGACAGAAGCAGUGGGAGUUCCAGCAGUGGUCUGGGCACAGUGUCUAGCAGUCCUGCUUCUCAGCGCACCCCAGGAAAGCGAACCAUCAAGCGCCCUGCUUAUUGGAGAACCGAAAGCGAAGAGGAGGAGGAGAAUGCCAGUCUGGAUGAACAGGACAGUUUGGGAGCAUGCUUCAAGGACGCAGAGUAUAUCUACCCUUCCUUGGAAUCUGAUGAUGAUGACCCUGCUCUGAAAUCUCGACCCAAGAAAAAGAAGAAUUCAGAUGAUGCUCCAUGGAGUCCUAAAGCCCGUGUGACCCCAACUCUACCCAAGCAGGACCGUCCUGUACGUGAGGGGACCCGGGUUGCUUCCAUUGAGACAGGUUUGGCUGCAGCAGCUGCAAAGCUGGCCCAGCAGGAGCUACAGAAGGCCCAAAAGAAGAAAUAUAUCAAGAAGAAGCCUUUGCUGAAGGAGGUAGAACAGCCUCGCCCUCAAGACUCCAAUCUCAGCAUGGCAAUACCAACCCCAACACUGGUUACUACACCCCAGCCUCUUGCCUCCUCCUCACCCCUGCCUCCUCCUGAGCCUAAACAAGAGGCUCUGUCUGGAAGUCUUGCUGACCAUGAGUAUACUGCUCGUCCCAAUGCCUUUGGCAUGGCCCAAGCAAACCGCAGCACCACACCCAUGGCCCCCGGCGUUUUCCUGACCCAGCGUCGCCCUUCAGUUGGCUCCCAGAGCAAUCAGGCAGGACAAGGAAAGCGUCCCAAAAAGGGCCUGGCCACAGCAAAGCAGAGACUUGGCCGUAUCCUGAAAAUCCACAGAAAUGGCAAGCUACUUCUGUGAGCCGAGUCCCUUGUGUCCCAUCCCUCACCCCUUCACCCCCAUUGCCUUCUCCGUUGUCAACUUUCGGGGCACUCCUGGAUCCUGUUUGCCCCGGACAAGGUGCUGAGGCGCAUUGUCCUGCUUUCUUGGGACUGACCAAAGGCAUGGACACCCCCAUGGAUCUUUCCACUGGCUCCCCUCAACUCCCUUUCCCACUUCCACUAUGAGCAUCCUACCUUCUCUCUAUACCCCUGAGAAGCAGGUAAAUAGGAGAAGUUUCCAACUUACUAGAACUCUCAUUUUUUGUUCCUCCAACCCCAUUUCCCUUUCACCUGUUUUGUCUAUCUUUUACCUUCUCCCCCACCUCCCACCAUAUAGCUGGUAGGCAGGAUGAGAAGAGGCAUGAAGAGAGCCUGGGACCCUGGAUAUUUCUGUGGCCAUGAAGUGGGAGGCCCAGUGAGUGCCCAACACUUUUUGCAACUCCAACCUUCUCUCUAGAGGGCACCCAUGCUUCCUUCCCUUUCCCCUCUCUGCCAAUCCAGUGGAUAUGCCCCACCUCCAGACUUGUUUCUGGGAGAAGGCUGUGGUCUCUGCCCCCUCUUGCCAAAUACUUCAUGGAAAAAAGAGGAGGGCCCAGAGUCCCCUUACUGCCCCACUGUGGGCCAUUUCUAGAGGUGGCCUAGAAAGGCUGACUUCAUUUAUCCUUAGGAAGAAAGGCAAUUCCUGUCACUUUUCAAGGUGGGGAGAGGACAGAUGCCCAGGUCUUUGACCAUGACUUUGUAGCCCAUUGGAGGAAGCUACUUAUGGUUGGCUGUACAUAAAGCCCUUUAUCCCAGGAUGAGCUCCAGGGAUUUAUCUGAAUUUUAGAGUCCUGCAGAACAUUAUUCAUGUAGCUGUGGCUGGGCUCCAGCAGGUGUAAAAUCAUCUCCCAGAAACCUGAAAGCACCUGUAACUGAAGCAGAUAACCCUGGACCUUUUGGCAAGACAGCCUACCCCUGGGUCCUCCAUCAAACCUCCUUACUUCUUUCCCCACCUGAGAUCUUAGUCUGAAGAAGACCUCAGGAUUCAUAUCUUCACUCCUGGACCUUUGCACUUGCAGACCAUAGGUCAGCACUUAAGCCGAGUGCAGAUGGACCACUCACUCAUGAGCCCAAGUCUGGGAGAAGAGAUGCCCAUCUUGAAGGAGCAAAUCAUCUGAUCCUCCCUUCCCCUCUUUCCUUUGUGUAUUCUUUCCAUUGUCCAGACAGUGCUCCAACCUCCCUCUUGUCUUGCCUCACUGGCAAUCUGAACUUGAUGGAGAAUAUUCCUUUUCCCACCCCAUUUUGGCACUGCCCAAGUGGAGUGUAUCCUUGUCCUCUACCCUCCACUCCAACCUCACCCCAGCUUGUCUCAAGCUUCUGGGGAAUUUAACAGCUAUCAUGCA